CACAAUUGUCGUCAAAAUGUCUAGUUUAGCCGACCAAUUGAAGGUCAUAAAGGAAAAGACAGCUUCUGUUGUCUUGGACAGAAAAGCGAGGUCUAAAAUCCAUUCAAGAUCACUCAUUUUCGACCCCAAGGUAGCCUCUACCCAGGACUAUGACUAUUUGUACCAAUUAGGUCUUGAAGGCUUGGAUGAACUCUCUGAGAUCGACUCCAGAUUCUCCAAAUUCAGACAUACGCUAUUUUCUGAAACCUCAGUUUCUAUGGACAGAAACGUCCAGACAAAAGAUGUCAUUUCUCAGCUAGACAAGAACAUCGAUGCCUUUUUGACUUUGGCUGGCCCCUUCUAUUCCUUAGCCCCCACUGUAAAAGCUGUAGAAUGGCUUGUGAGAAGAUUCCAUAUCAACAUGCACAAUGGCGAGAUGUUGUUGCUCACAUCUUUACCUCACUAUAAUCAAUCGGUAUUCGUCAAGAUUCUCAAUGUCAUUCCCAAAAACCUGUUCCCUAAGAUCUUUGACUGGGUUGUGGGCUACAAAGAUUUGUUGAAAAACCCACCUUCAAGCUCAAUCUUGAAGGCUUUUCAUAACGACUUUGAAUUUUUCAAAUUGUAUGCCAUGUUUUUAGUAGAGCAGUUGAAGAACGGUACAGUCUACCAGGAACAGUUGCUGUUCUUCUUGUCUACAACUGUUCAGUUGUUAGCUUCUUUGUCUAAGUCAUUGGACACAUUGAACGAAAACCACUUGCCUGUAGUGUUGGAAGUGGUCGGUUUCUUGUUGCUUCCUUCUAAGUAUGAAACUCUUAGAAAUAUUGAUGUCGACACCAGACUCACUGCCUAUUCUAUCAUAGCUGUGCUUGCAUCUAUUAUUCCCAUUUCGACUGAGUUGAUCAGAUCGUUCACCGAAUCUAUCUUGCAAGAUCCAAGAUCGCUUGAGCCCAACUCUGUGAGACAGACUUUGAUUGUCUUAAGUCAGUUGUGGAGAUUCUACCAGGGAGAUUUUUCUGACAGAGAAGCCAUCGUCAAAUGCUUUGCCAAUCUUGCACCAUCUAAAUUGAUCAAGGUGGAGCAUCUAGUCAAGGAUCUUGUAGCCGACAACUACAAGUUCCAGAAAUUUUUGACUUUCUACUUCUUUGCGACUUUCCCAAAUCCAGAAUCGUACAAGAUCUUCCAGCUUGUAGACUUGGGCAAGUCAGAGUUAUAUUUCUCUGAAAUUGCUAAGCAAAUAGUAGAAAAUUCAACUGCCACAGACAAAUGCAGAUCUGUAGUUAUUCACAUCUGUGAGGAAUUGUUAAAGAGCAACAGUGAGCUCUUUAUCAAGGCUUUGGCUACCCAGGAGAUGAACAUCGAUGCCUUGGAAAUGAAAUUGAUGACGACUUUGGGAAGCAACAGUAGUGUUCGCGAUUCUGACGAUGUUGAGUUUGAUGCCGGUGAAGAGGAUAACAAUGACGAAGAAACCGAAGAGGUUGCUGUCCAGUUUGCCACAGCAGCUAAUUUGGAUAGUAUCAAGUCGUCUUCAAAGUCUUUCUUUACUUCCAGUUCAGACUCUGAAUUUUCCAAGCUCACUUUGGACUUGAUCUCAUUGUUGAGAAAUGUCACCGUAAAAGUCCAGAAGAGCUUGCUUUUGAAGUUCACCACUUCUGUAUUUUCUAGUAUAGAAACAGGCAUUUCGUUUUUGAUCAGAAUUGCAUUUACUCCUUCUAUUCCUCUUUCUAUCAGACUUACUGCUAUUAGAUGUACCAAAUGGAAAUUGAAGGAAGCCUCGACUAGUUCUUCGUCUCCAUUGGACUUGUACUUGUUGAUCCCUAUCUUCUUGUUGGGAGUCUACGACGAAACCAGGGUCGUUAGAGCAGGCUUCGUUCAACUUUUGAGAUUCAUCAAGGAAACAACCACCUCCAUUCAUGCAAAUAAGAAGAAGGUCAAAUCAGUCUUGUUCAUGGAAGAUGUCAUCUACGAUACUACUGAAGCCAGCAAGCGAGCAAUUAUCCUGCCCAACGACGCUUUGUUCUUCACUGAGUUGCUCCUUAAAGAGGAUGUAUUGGAGGAUGUUAUCAUUGACAGAAGUCGUUUGGUCCCUAAGUUUGGCCAGUUAAUUUUGAAGACAUUUGUCAUCAACCAGUGGUCGUUGAACUUCUUCCCAGUCGUAUUCAAAUGGAGAGCAUGGAACAUCGUAGCUCUCGAAAACAAAAACGGAACUGAAGACAGAUUCUUCUUCACCGACAGCGAUUUAUCUGAGUACUUCACGAAGAGAAGCAACUGGAUCCAACAGGCCAACGAUGCAAAGAUUGCAUUCUUUGAGGAAGUUGAGGGUGCUAUUGUAGGACUAGUAGGCGGCAAUAGUACCAACGAAGCCAAGACUGCAACUGAAGUGGACUGGAUUAUUCAAUCGUUGAACAGCCAAUUCAGCAACUUACAAAUAGCUGUGAACUCCAGAUUGCUUGAGAUAUUCAACAACUUCUCUACAGUAGAAAACAGAAUCAAGAUUGUCAACAAGUUGAUUGACUUGCUUAACAACGACGAACCAAUAGAAAGUGAUCCUAUGGACACGUUACAGACUUUGAAGUUGGACCAGGACUUGUUCAUAUCUGUUUUGGGUAAUGUUCAAAUUGGUGGUCAAAUUCCUGAACAGGGUCCUGCAAAAAGAAGAAGAAGAUCAUCCAGCUCUACCAAGCAGGCAAUGGCAAGAGAAGACAUCAACAACAUGGCUUCCACCCAUUUGAAGAAGCUCACAAUUAUCUUAGAUCUCUUGGAAACCAAUUUGAGAAAUGGAACUGAAACUAUUGCCAGUCCUAACUUGUUGCAAGCCUUGUUCAAGAUACUCACCGACUUAGACUACCUUGGAAAUGACGGUAAUUUGCCUGUGUUAUAUGCCCAGGAGGCUUUGGCUUCUUGUAUGAUUUUGAGUAUUGUCAAGAUGAAGAACAGCGAUGAGACAUUCAAAUUUGAUUCUAACUCUAUCAGAGCCGACUUAAUCGUGAACUCUAUUAGAUCAUCGCAAUCUCCGCAAGUUCAGAAUAGAUUGUUGUUGGUGAUUGCCGAGUUGGCAUCGUUGGCACCAGAGAUUGUAUUGCACUCUGUCAUGCCUAUCUUUACUUUUAUGGGAGCCCACACAGUUAGACAAGAUGACGAAUUUUCUAGUUCUGCUUUGCAACAGACUAUCGCUAAGGUUAUUCCGGCCGUUGCAGCUAAUGGUUCCUCGUCUAUUAGCAACGAAAUUGAAUUCUUGUUAACUAGUUUUGUGACCGCAUUCCAACACAUUCCCAGACAUCGUCGUGUCAAGUUGUUCACAUACUUGAUCAGAACUUUGGGCUCUGACUUAUCGUUGCAUGUUCUUCUUUUCUUGAUGGGACAACAGUACUGCAGCAGCUUGAACAAAAACAAGAUGGCCGAUGCUCAGGUGAUUUUGGAGUUCACCAGUUCUUUCUUAAAGAGUUUUUCUGCAAUUGAACAACUUGAAGGUAUUUCAAAGUUUGCUGAAUUGUGGGAUAUGAUCCCUAUCGCUGAAUUGGAAGCUAACUCGGAAGAGUACAACAAGUUAAGCACUAGAUCUAUCUUUGGUGUUUCCAUCUUGUCUUUGACCAACUCUGGCUUGUCAACCUUGAGAAUCGAGAUGUUGAAGUACAUUAGCUCAGUUGUUGCUACGGAAAAUUCCAACUUCGAUGCCAACACUUUAAAGACUAAGGUGGCCAUGGUCCUUUUAGAUUCGUCGAUCAAUGAUGAUGACGAAGAAAAGAAAUCCAUUUUGGGGUCCUUUAGAAACGUUGCUGCCUUCUUAUUGUCGAGCUUGGACACCUUUACCAAUGUUUCAAGAAACAGCGAAAUAGCUCUCAGCUUGUAUGACUUGCUUGCCAACUUCUUGAACUUGCUUCCUAUACAUUACUUUGUUGAUUCGAUUUUUGAAUCAUUGGACGUCGGAAAAUUCUCUGACACUUUGUCCAUCAAGGUUGCUAAAAACUUGGUUAUUUUGGCAGGCGCUAAGUUUGAAAGUGAAUUGAGUUCAAUUAAUAUCGAUGAAAAGAUCGAGGAAAGUGUUCUUGAAAAGUUGUUGCCUGUAUUAUUGCAUGGUAUCAAGAAGAAUGUGGAUAUAGAAUUGGAACAGGCUUACUUGGAUACAUUUGCUAUUAUUGUCAACAAGUUCGGAGCUUCUACGAAGACUUUAGCUACUCCUACCAAUUCCAGAUUGUUGUUGGAAUCCCUUCAAGCUAUAACCUCUGAGAAUUGCUUGUUGAGUGAACUGCCAGAAACUAUUAUUUCGUCCAUCAAUGCCAUCACCAGCAUUGUCAACGUAUUGGGCGUCAAGACAAUUGGUAUCUUCCCCAAGAUUGUUCCUCCAUCACUCAAGAUAUGGGAAACAACUACCCAUUCUGAGGAUGAAGAAAGUGCCAAGUUGAUACAGUCUUCGAUCAUUGUAUUGUUAUCUUGCUUAAUCAAGAAAAUUCCUGCUUUCAUGACAAGUUCCUUGGACUCGAUUUUCAUUACUAUUCUCUCCAGUGACUAUGUCGACAACAGCAUUAGAACUAGCGUAUUGGGAUUGGUAGUAGAGCAUAUGGAUUCCUCGCAAGUGUUGAAGUCCUUGUGCAACAUCUGGUGCAACAAGAAGUUCUACGAGAACGACAAUACCGGUAACAUCGGUCUCUACUUGAACACCAUGCAAUCCACCAUCGACAAGAUCGACAAAAAGUCUGCUGCUACUCAGUCUACUGUUUUCAUAAAAUGGUUGAUCCAGGCUUUCGAAUUCAGACAUUACUCUGAAGAAGCUGAUAACAAAUUCGACAACAACACCAUACACAGAUUGGAAAGCUCCUUCCACAGCUGUGGUAUUAGCUAUGUGAUGAAAUUGAACGACAAGAAGUUCCGUCCAUUGUUUGCUACCUUGGUUAGAUGGGCUGUUGAAGGUGAAGGAUCAAACUUUUCUGAAAACACCGAGGUUUCCAGAUUGGUAGCUUUCUUCAAGUUCUUCAACAAGAUGCAAGAACAAUUGAAGAGUAUCAUCACAUCUUACUUCUCGUACUUGUUGGAUCCAGUAGCCUCCGUUUUGACUAGAUUUUCUUCUGGCCAACUCAAGGAUAUCAAUUUGAGAAGAAUACUCCUCAACUCCUUGACAUCUUCAUUCAAGUACGACCAGGAUGACUAUUGGUCGCAGCAAGGUAGAUUCGACAGUAUCUGCAACCCAUUAUUAGAACAGUUAACCAACAUUGAGGAAGGUAUUGGCAAGUACCUAAUCAAGAGUAUCACUGCCUUCAUCAACAACGUAGCCUCGGAAGAGUACAACGAGACUUUGGUACACGGGUUGAUUAAGUACAUAUCUAACGAGAAGGAGGAUAACAGCUCCUCUACGAAGAUCUGGACCAUCCGUGCUUUGAAGAGCAUUUUCCAGAAGAUGGGAGAACAAUGGUUGACCUACUUGCCUACUUUGAUUCCAUAUAUUGCUGAAUUAUUAGAAGACGAUGACCAGGCUGUAGAGAUGGAAGUGAGAAGUGGAUUGGUCAGAGUGAUUGAGAAUGUUUUGGGUGAACCAUUGGAUCGUUACUUGGAUUAAAAAUACAAUUAAUAGAUAUUAGCAUUUGAUAGAGUGUGGAAAAGAUAGUUGCAUUUCCAG